UUCAUGUGACCAUUCAUGCUUUUUUUCUUCGUUUUAUCACUUAAACUCCUAACUUACACUUUAUGCAUCUAUAUAUAUACAAACAACCCCAUUAAUUUUUCUUCCAUAAACACCCUCCAGCCACCACCAUCACCACCACCUAUACAAGGCUCACAUACACACACAGGGAAGAGAAGAAAGGGUAGAGAGAUGGAAAAGUUAAACUCGGAGUUGUAUCUGAGAAACUGCAGAAUCAUUCAAGAGAACGAGAGGCUAAGAAAGAGAGCUCAACAGCUGGACAAGGAGAAUCAAGCCCUACUGACCGAGUUAAAACAGAAACUCAGUGAGCCUAACUGCACUCAAAAACCUCAACUCGACCUCCAACUCAGUUCUUCCGGUUCACAAAACGAGAAGAACAAAUCCACUAAAACCAAAGGACAGGAUUAGAGAAUCAAAAAAUUUAUAUGUAUUUCUUCAUGUUUCAUGUGCCAUACAUACCAUACCAUACCAUACCAUACAUCCCAUCAGGAAUUUUAAAUUUAUCAUCAAAUCCGAAACUUAAUGUUUACUCUCCAAAUUAAAAAAAAUA